UCUUCAGUACUCAGAUAGACUAAUCCACAGAAGCAGUUUAUUCAAGUAUCACCCAGAGUGCCAGGAGGAACAGGAACUUUAAAGUGAUUUUUUUUAAAAAAACUUUUUUUAUUAUUUACUGUUAAUUUUACAGGCUUGAAUCUGAAUUCUGAACUGGAAAUAAAUUUCUCACGUGGAAUAUUGUUUUUAGGAGCACUUGACAAACUUGCAAGGACUGUACACUCUGAAGGCAUGAGAAAAUAUAUGCUUCUGCUUCUCUUGGGGUUGUGCUCUGCUAAGCCUUUCAUAAGCCCUUCAUACUUCACUUUCAAGAACAUAAUGCUCAUGGAUAUGGAAGAUCUGGAUGAUGAUGAUGAUGACGAUGACGACGACGAUGACAAGGAUGAUGAUAAUUCCUUGUUUCCAACGAGGGCACCCGUAAUUCCCUUUGACCUAUUUCCAGUAUGCCCCUUUGGAUGUCAAUGCUAUUCAAGAGUUGUCCACUGUUCUGAUUUGGGUUUGACCUCAAUACCAAGGAAUAUUCCAUUUGAUACACGUAUGAUAGAUCUUCAAAACAACAAAAUAAAAGAGGUCAAGGAAAAUGAUCUCAAAGGACUCACAUCACUUUAUGCCCUUGCCUUAAACAACAACAAAAUAACCAAGAUCCACCCCAAAGCCUUUCAAUCAACAAAGAAGUUGCGGCGCCUCUACUUGUCACAUAAUCAUUUAACUGAGAUCCCAGCAAAUCUGCCAAAAAGUUUAGCUGAGAUAAGAAUUCAUGAUAAUAAGGUUAAAAAGAUACACAAAGAAGCAUUCAAGGGAAUGAAGUCCUUACAUGUUUUAGAGAUGAGUGCAAAUCCUCUUGAUAAUGAAGGAAUAGAGCCUGGGGCUUUUGAAGGUGUGACAGUGUAUCAUAUCAGAAUUGCAGAAGCUAAAUUAACCUCUAUUCCUAAAGGAUUGCCAUCCAGCCUUCUGGAGCUUCAUCUAGAUGACAACAAAAUUUCUGCAGUUGAGCUUGAGGACUUUAUUCGAUAUAAAAAUCUUCAAAGGUUGGGACUGGGAAGCAACAAAAUCAAAGAUGUAGAAAAUGGAACCUUUGCUAAAAUACCAAAUGUGCGAGAAAUACAUCUAGAAAAGAACAAACUGAAAAAAGUGCCUUCUGGUCUUUCAGAUAUGAAGUAUCUACAGGUUGUCUUCCUUCAUUCUAACAGUAUUUCAAAAGUGGGAGUGAAUGAUUUUUGUCCAACAGGAGGGAGACUGAAAAAGACAUUGUACAGCGGCAUUAGCUUAUUCAACAAUCCUGUAAAAUACUGGGAUAUCCAACCGGGAACGUUUCGUUGUAUAUUAAAUCGAAACAGUGUGCAGAUUGCAAAUUAUAGAAAAUAAGGUUGCAUACCCAAAACAAUAUUCAAGAAGAAAUGUUAAAACCAGCUUAGAGUACUUGAAAUCUGUUAAAAAUGUACAGCUUUAUACUGCCCAAUAGCUACGAUACAAUAAUUUCAGUUUGUAAAUUAGUAACAUAAUAUACCAUAACAUUCUUUUGAGUUAUUCUUUUAAAUUUACAACUCAUGUAAAUUAAAGCAAAUGUUUUAGAAUAAAAUGCUUCUUGAACACUUAACUGGAAACUAUCAUUGUUUCCUAUCAUUGUUCAAGCUACUAUGUUGACGUUCUUUUCUUAGCAGAAAAUAAUGCAAAGAUUUAAAACAUUUUUUCUGUUUAAACUAAUUAUUUCUGAAUUGCAAAGGUCUCCUGCAUAAGUAUUUAUCAAAUUUCAAGGGGAAGUUUAUGAACUUUUAAGUUAACAAAAGUAAACUAAACUGGCUAAGAAGAAACUUUAUAAAGUACUGUACUAUUAAUUUGAUGGUCUAAUAUGUCAAGUCAGACUAGUUAAUAUUUAAAUAAUUGUAGUAAACCGAAAGGCAAGAUUGAUACCAUACACAUAAUAGCCUCAAAGCCUUUAGUAUUUAUUCAUGUAGUUUCCCCCUAAAUUUGUACGCUACUUUGGUAAGAAAAGUGUAUAUAUGCCAAACAUUAACCACACAUAAAUCUUUGUUUUGUUUUUGUUUUGUUUUUGGAAGAAUGAUUAAAUUCUCUGCAGGGCCAGUACAAACAUACCAUAUACUGUAAAAAUAAUCUUUAUUCCAAUUGACAGGUUGCAGCACAAUGCAAAGACUUGCCAUCACAGGGGCCUCGUACUCUGUUUCAAAGGGGAAUAUUUUACGUACCUACAGGGAUUCUGAAUAUGUGCAGCAUUCCCCUGCUCACAAAG